GACCCAUAAUGUAAUUGCUCUAUCAUCGAUUUAACUGUGAAGCAAGCGAUCGACCGCAGAUAAAACGUCACAAAUUUAAAAGCAACGGCCUGGCACAUUCCAAAUCGAGAAGUCUGCUCUCUUCGAGGAAUUACAAACUGCAUGCCAAAAGGUCAGAAGCGUAAACCCAAUCCCACUGCUACACCGUCUCCUAGGAAGAAGUCUACACCAGCAACCCCUCAAAAGGGCUUAGAAUUUUUCUUUGAAUCCCAGCGAAAGAAGCAGCAUAAGUUAGAACAAGAAGCAUUCGGCGAUCCGCAAUUGGCUCGACCUUCGAGUCCUCUUGGCAAUCGCGGCAAUGCAGCAGACGAAGCAGCGCUCUGGGAGCUCCCACCAACGGAUGAAGAACCAUUGUUCCUUACGAACAAUCGGUCUAUGUUAGCGUCGACAAGCAGCCCAGCGAAAGAACAACCAAGCCAUGACAGCCCAAUCACCACCCCACCUGAAGAUACCGCUUCAAUUGUCAAAUCGGAAGAGCCAUAUAGUACUGAUAUUAUCAAUGAACCAAAGACAACAGCGUCGACUAAUUCAUUCCUAUUGCAAACGAAAGAUGAAAUUAAGGAAGACAAUGAAGCUUUAAAGCAGCCAUUGACCACGGACCCUCUGGAAUUUGACGCACACGCAUAUCCUGUCAACUCUUGGAUGACACCAGAUGGACCUGUUGCUCCUUACUCAUUCAUUACAGAAGCUUUUUGUAUCAUCGCCGAUACCAACGCCAGAAUUAUGAUCACUAAUGUCCUCUGCAAUAUGCUGCGCGUCCUCAUGGUUCACACUCCGACCGAUUUGUUACCUGCUGUAUGGCUUUGUUCGAAUGCCAUUGCUCCACCUUAUAUGGGCGUGGAGCUUGGAAUAGGCCCAUUGAUAUUGAGCAAGGCUAUCAAUUCCGUUGCUGGCACAAGUGGAAAGGCUCUGAAAUCACUUUACGAGAAAUAUGGAGAUUGGGGCGACGUUGCCUAUGCUGCAAAGGUCUCGGUUCGAACCUUGAUUCAACCCAAACCGCUGACCGUACGAAACGUCUUCUCAACUCUCAAGUCGAUUGCCAGUUUGAAAGGACAAGGCACUGUUGAUGCGAAAGCUGCCUUGGUGAAGAAACUCGUUUUAGCCUCUCGCGGGGAAGAGGUCCGAUACCUUGUCCGUACAUUUGUAUCUCACCUAAGAAUAGGAGCUGUGCGCACUACCGUCUUGACGGCUCUGGCGAAAGCAUGCGUGUUGGACCACUCACCAUUCUGUUCAAUUGAAGAAGACGACCCCGUAACAAUGCAUUUCCAUCGACAAGCCGGGGACGAUAAAGCGGUUUUGACGGAAAAAAUGAAGCGCGCAGAGAGAGUGGUCAGGGAAUGCUAUGCACAACAUCCUAAUCUAGACAACAUCGUUCCAGCUUUGUUGCAAGGCAUCUCCCAGUUCAAAGAUCACUGUCCACUUUCCGUUGGCGUUCCACUUCGACCUAUGCUUGGAAAAAUCACUCGGGAUUUAUCCGAAGUGUUUGUGAAAUUAGAGGGACGUUCCUUUGCUUGCGAAUACAAGUACGACGGCCAACGAGCGCAAAUUCAUCUUGGCGAACAAGGACAUAUUAAAAUAUUUAGUCGACAUUUAGAGGACAUGACCGACAAAUACCCAGACGUUGCGGCAUUACUAGCCAAAAUGUGCAAAGAGAACACCAGGUCAUUCAUCAUCGAUGCGGAAAUAGUGGCUAUUGAUGACAAGGGUGUUAUCCAGCCGUUUUCAAUUUUGAGCAACCGUGCCAGAAAGAAUGUAAUGAUUGAAAACAUUACCAUCAGCGUCUGCGUACUCGCCUUCGAUUUAAUGCUACUGAACAAUGAACCGACUUUACAACAGUCUCUCAGAGUACGGCGACAGCUAUUACGAGACCAUUUCCACCUUAUAGAGAACAAAUUUGCACUCGUCGAGGCAAUAGAUGCAUCUGGAAGCCAGGAGUGCCAAGACGAAGUAUCCGACUUUUUCAAAAAGAGUAUCAAGGAUGGAUGUGAAGGCAUUAUGGUAAAGGUGCUCGACCAUCCCGGAAUGGACAACAAUGGCAAAGCUCCGAUGGACGACGACAAGGCGAAUACUGACAAAGUCGAGACACGCGCAACCAAAACAUCACAAUUACUAUCCACUUAUGAACCAGACAAACGCAUGGAGAGCUGGCUCAAAGUCAAGAAAGACUAUGUCGAAGGGGUCAGCGACUCACUCGAUCUUGUGCCUAUUGGAGCAUGGUGGGGAAAUGGUCGCAAAGUUGGAUGGUAUUCUCCAAUACUUCUAGCGUGUUAUAACCCCGAGAGCGAAACAUUUGAAUCGGUAUGCAAAUGCAUAUCAGGGUUCAGUGACAAAUUCUACAAGGAAAUGCUGGAGGUCUACUCUGUUGACAAUGGACGAGUUUUGAACGGACCACGACACGACUACGUGACAGAUCAUCGACCAGAUGUAUGGUUCCAAGCGUGUGAAGUGUGGGAAAUCAAAGGCGCUGAUAUCACGGUGAGUCCAAUUCACAAGGGUGCCAUAGGGCGAAUAGACGAGGCACGCGGACUUUCACUGCGGUUUCCACGAUUUGUCCGCAAGCGCGACGACAAGGACGUUGAGGACGCGACAUCAAGUGAGAUAUUGGCGGAGAUGUACGAAAAACAAACGAACCUCCAUGGGUCUUCAGCCAUAGAGAAUGGCAAUGCGGAAAAUGAGGAGGAAGAAGGAUGGAUAGCUGAUGAUUGAACAACACGCUUCAAUCACGAAACCUCGCGCUUUUGGUCAGUGUAGUACGUGGAAUAUCCACUGGAGCCAGCAAUGAACGAUGGGCGACAAAAGUGUGUAACCAAAUGGAGUCCGCGUACUCCUGAAAAUCUCCGCUUGUUCUACUUCCAAAUGUCUGCAAUCUACUUGCCAGGGUUGGAAUUCUAGCGUCUUUUCAUUAUCUAAUGUCCAUAGAGUCAGUAUUUAGAUGCAGUCAAAAUGUAAAAUAAUUGGAAAAGAGAAGAAAAUUGUAAAGAAGUACU